CCGCGCCCUCUCGCGGAGUUCCCGCCUUACCUGGUUGCCGGGGAGACAGAGGCCCCGCCCUCCUCGUGUUGUGAUUCGCGUGCGAAGCUUGAGCGAUGGCAGCGCAACCCAAUCAGAGCGCGGCUCGCGGAAGAGGCGGGAACGCACCGUGAGGGCAGGACGGAAACCCAAUGAAAGCGCGGGAACACUGAAUGAUACCCCGUCACGCCCAAUCAGAAUGCCGCUUUCAGCCAGUGCCCCGCCCCCGAGGGCUUUUGUGGCAACGCCCCGCCUCCGCGCUCAUGGCAACCACCGCCCUGGCGACCGCGGCCCGUCCUUUUCCGAAGAGCCAAUCAACAGCAGGCUUUCCUGAGUGGCGGCAUCUGCGACCAAUCAAGAAACGCCUCUGACCUGCUCGGCCCGGUCACAUUGAAUGACUGGUAAACUAACCAAUGAGAGCGGAGGGCCGGGCACACCGAGGCCGCCAAUCCGCGAGGGGAGGCGGGGCGUCGGCAGGCCGCGGCUUUCCCGAUGGAGUUCCCGGAGCACAGCCGGCAGCUGCUGCGGGGGCUGCGGGAGCAGCGCUCCCGGGGGAUCCUGUGCGACUGCACGGUGCUGGUGGGCACCGCGCCCUUCCCCGCGCACCGCGCCGUGCUGGCCGCCUGCAGCUCCUUCUUCCACCUGUGCUACGCCGAGCCGGGCGGCGCGGGAGGAGCGCGGGGCGCCGUGGUGGCCCUGAACAGCGACAUCGUCACGGCGCCGGCCUUCGCGCUGCUGCUGGAGUUCAUGUACGAGGGGCGGCUGGCGCUGGCGGCGCCGCUGGAGGACGUGCUGGCCGCCGCCAGCUACCUGCACAUGAACGACGUGGUCAAGCUGUGCAAGAAGAAGCUGCAGGCGCGGGGCCCGGCCGAGGCCGACAGCACCAAGCGGGAGGAGGAAGAGGAGGAGGAGGACGCCCCCAGCCCGCCCCCGCCGCAGCCCCCGCCGCAGCCUCCGCAGCCCCCGCUGGGCGAUGCCGCGGGGACGCCGCUGCCGCCGGAGCCGCCGCUGGUGGACGCGGCCGACACGACCCAGCCCGGGGUGGGGGUCGUGGGAGAGCGACCCCCGCCCAGCCCCAGCAGCUCCAGCGAGGCCGCGCCGGGGCCCGGAGCCGCCGCCGCCGCCCCUCCGUCCGCGGGCGGGGGUCCCUGGGCCGCGCCCCUCGGCCCCGCCGGUGCCAUCAAGGCCGAGGCCAUCGUGAUCUCGGACGAGGAGCCCGACGGCGCCCGCCGCCCCCCCGCGCCCCCUCCCCCGCCGCCGCCUCCGCCGCCGCCGCCUGCCCCGGCCCGAGCGGCGGGAUUUGGGGAGGGGGCGGCGCUGGGCCCGGCGCUGGGGGGGCUGCGGGAGCCGCUGUUCCUGGCGCCGCUGGAGCCCCGCGGGGGCUUCGGGCUGUUCGCCGAGGAGGCCCCGACGUGUCCGACGUGCGGGAAAACCUUCUCGUGCUCGUACACGCUGCGGCGCCACGCCACCGUGCACACCCGCGAGCGGCCCUACGAGUGCCGCCACUGCCUGCGCUCCUACACGCAGUCCGGGGACCUGUACCGGCACGUCCGCAAGGCGCACAGCCACGGCGGGCCCGCCCGCGGGCCCCGCGACCCCGCCCGCGACGGCGACAACCCGCCCUGACCGCCGCAGCCCCCGGGGCACCGGCAUGGAGCGAGCCGAGCCGGCGGCGGGGCUUGGACGGGGACGGCGGGAUGGGGACAGCCGCUCUCACCGGGGACACCGGGGUGGGGAUGUCUGCUGUCACCGGGGCCACCGGGACUGCGACACCCGGACCGUCCGGAGCCACCGGGAUGGGGAUGCCUGCCCUGAGCCGGACCCCCGGGACAGCGGCACCCGCCUCGGCCGGGAUCGCGGCACCGGCUGUGACCGGGACCCCGCCCCGGGGGAAACCGGAGGGACGUGGGGGCGUGGCCUCGCGGUGGGGGCGUGGCCUCUCGCGGGUGUACGGGGCUCACGCACGAAUAAAGCGACGCUGGACACGG